GCGUGUGUACUGCUGCGCGCCCCCGGCACGAAAACGUCACGGCGCUCUUCUCGCGCGCUGGUUAAAAAGAAGGAGGAAAGCGCACGGGCAAAACAUGUGAGCGCUUCUGAGGACUUGCGGAAAAGAAGAAGGAACUUGUACUGUCUGUUUUCUUGGUUUAAUUUUUUUCCUCAAUGCAUCAACAGACCGAGGGAUUACAAUUAUUAUCAUUAUCAUCCGCAAGGGACGCCAGGGCUCUGCUUUUCUGGAUAAAUGAUUCCCUUCUUUUGGCUGUUUUCUGGGAAACGGCUCGUAUUUGUUAUUAUUAGAAGACAGACACCUGCAGCAUGCUUGUACUUGUAAAUGUAAUAAACUCGCACAUACAUCGCGUUCUAAUAUAACAGAUUGUUUUAUUAUUUGUAUUUUUUUGGUGCAUCCGCCUAUUUUUGGAAAUAUUGUGGAUUUAUUUGCUUGGAUCUUUCUGAAUCUUCCUCCAAAGUUGUUUUCAAAACAAAACAAAACAAUGAAGCACUUGCAAUUCGUGCUGGUGCUGGCCAUCGCUGUCAAUGUUUGGGAGUGUGGCGACGCCAAAUUCGGACCCGAGCGCGGCGGCGAACUGAGCGCCAGGCGGCGACGCUGCUACGACGGCAGCCUGCCCAAGCGCCUCAAGAAGCGGGAGAGGAAAGUGCUCCUGGACGGCGGCGGUGGCGCUGGCUCCACGACCACCUCCGCGUCCACCGGCAGCGGAGGCGAAGUUUGCCACCGGCUCUACCCACGAGUGUCCUGCUGUCCCACCAGAAGAGCCGCAUAUCAGAUCGCGCAGCGCAGGGAUGCCCGCAUCUUCUCCACCAACAACACAGAAUGCGGCCGUCUGCUGGAGGAGAUCAAGUGCGCACGCUGCUCCCCCAACGCGCAAGUGUUGUUCCACCCGUCGGAACCCGGCAGGAUGCCACACAGGGAGCCCGACCUGCCCCAGCUCUGCCAGGACUUCUGCCGCGAGUUCUACUACACCUGCCGGGGACACAUACCGGAAUUGUUCCAGGCUGACGUGGACGAGUUCUGCCAAUACUACGGCAGACGAGAUGGAGGCCUGUGCUUUCCAGAUUUUCAACGAAAGCAAGCACAGGGCCAAGAUUCCAACUACUUGGGCGAUGAGAAAAUGGAAGAUAUCAGCAGGAAACACAAACACAACUGCUACUGUGCCCAGGAGGUGUUGAGUGGUCUGCGGCAGCCUGUGGCCGUGGUGCAUUGCGGCGACGGAUCCCAGCGCCUCUUUGUCCUGGAACGGGAGGGAUUUGUCCGAAUACUCACCCAUGACCUGCAGCUGCUCAAAGAGCCCUUCCUGGACAUCCACAAGCUGGUGCAGAGCGGCCUGAAGGGCGGAGAUGAAAGGGGCCUGCUAAGCCUGGCAUUCCAUCCCAAUUAUAAGAAGAAUGGCAAGCUCUACGUCUCCUACACCACCAACCAGGAGCGCUGGGCCAUCGGGCCGCACGACCACAUUCUCCGCGUGGUGGAGUACACCGUGUCCAGAAAGGACCCAAACCAGGCGGAUACCCGGACCCUGCGGGUACUGAUGGAAGUGGCUGAGCUGCACCGGAAACACCUGGGCGGGCAGCUGCUCUUCAGCCCCCAGGGUCUGCUGUACAUUGUUUUGGGGGACGGGAUGAUCACCCUGGAUGACAUGGAGGAGAUGGAUGGACUCAGUGAUUUCACAGGGUCCAUGCUCAGGGUAGACAUGGACACGGACGGCUGCGCCUCGCCCUAUUCCAUACCGCGGGACAACCCGUACUUUAACAGCACCAAUCAGCCGCCGGAAAUCUUUGCGCAAGGCUUACACGACCCAGGCAGGUGCAGCGUGGAUCGGCUCCAAACGGAGAACGGUAGCCUUCUCAUGCUCUGCACGGAUGCCAGCGGCAAAAACUCAACUACUGGAAGAAUAUUGGAGAUUCACAAAGGGAAAGAUUACGAGAAUGAACCUUCCGUCUAUGACCUGCAGUCCAUUGGAGGAGCACCACCGGUGGGGGGUUUCAUCUACAGAGGUUGCCAGUCCAGACGAUUGUAUGGCAGUUACGUGUUUGGAGAUAAGCUCGGCAACCUGCGGAUUCUCCAGAAGUCAUCGAUAACGCCUUCGGAACCGAGCGACCAGUGGCAGGAGAAACCACUUUGUCUAGGCUCAGCCGGCUCCUGCGGCUCCAUGCUGGUGGGACACAUCCUGGGAUUCGGAGAAGAUGAAUUGGGUGAAGGGUACAUACUGGCGAGCAGUAAAAGCACGGCGCAGUCGCACAGCGGAAAACUCUACAAGUUGGUGGACCCCAAAAGGCCCCUCAUCCCCAAGGAGUGCCAGCGUCAGGUGGAGCCUCCCGAGCUGCUGAUGACAGCUUGUUCCCGACACUGCAAGAACGGCCACUGCACUCCCACUGGCAAAUGCUGCUGCAGCCCCGGCUGGGAGGGGCCCUUGUGCCGCAUCGCCAAGUGCGACCCAGGCUGCCGCAACGGAGGCGUGUGCAUGGAGCCCAACAAGUGCCUGUGCAAGAGCGGCUACUCGGGCGACCAGUGCGAGCAAAGCGAGCGGGGCAUGCCCAACGACCAGGAGAAGGACGGCCUCCUGGACCACAUCAUCGACAUGACCUCGUACCUCCUGGACCUGACUAGCUACAUCGUAUAAAGAGACUCUGAUGGGGGAGGGGAGGGCGUCCUCGUCGGCACCUUCCAUCCUCGCCCUACACGAAUCUACCUAAGCGCCACUGGCCAACGAGGUAUCCUCUUUUUUUUUUGCCCACGCUGACACAUGAAAAAAAAUGGAUCUCCAUCACAGCUGCCUUUACUCGACAUCACCGGACAUUACGGUUACUUACUGGACGAUAAGCUACUUGCUCCCCCCACCACCCGACCACCAGGCCUGGAAUCCAAGUCUCGGAAAACGCCGAGCCAAGACGUUUUUUGCUUCUCUCUGGGACAAA